GGUCACCCAUUUUAACAUGAAACUCGCCUCGGUUGACGUCACUGAGCCAUCUUUGUACAGCUAAUCCAAAGUGUUUGUUAUACCUUCAUUACGGCUCAGUCUCUCGUCGCUUACUCGAAACAAAUUGCUGGUGCUGUCACAUACGGAGAGGAAAGGGAGUAUUGGACUAGCUUGGUGGACAGAUCUCGACGGUGGAGUCGAAGCAGUGCCCCUCCUCGGCUAUAUAGGCAGGGAAACGCCAGGCUAAGCAUCCAAAGGGUGCCAGAGGCUAGAGAGGAGCGCAGAAGGCAAUCCACAUCCAUCUGCCAGCCACUUAGCACACGCUAACACUUCCAGCCAGGAUUUCAGCACAGCUGUCUCGCCAACACUACCGCAAAAAAUGUCUGCCCCAGCUGGAGCCCCUGCACCAGAGGGAGGGAGUCAGGCUCCCCCGAACCUCACCAGCAACCGCCGUCUGCAGCAGACACAGGCACAGGUGGACGAGGUGGUGGACAUUAUGCGCGUAAAUGUGGAUAAGGUUCUGGAGCGUGAUCAGAAGCUGUCCGAACUUGACGACAGGGCUGACGCUCUGCAGGCUGGAGCCUCUCAGUUUGAGACCAGCGCUGCCAAACUGAAGAACAAGUACUGGUGGAAGAACGCUAAGAUGAUGAUUAUCCUGGGUGUGAUAUGCGUGAUUGUGCUCAUUGUCAUUAUUGUGUACUUCAGCACCUAAGAAGAGUCACUUCCUACCCCAGUCGAAUUCCAACGUCCUUGCUUCAGAAGAGACCCUGAAAUUCAUGACAAAAGGAAUCCAGAUAAUGAGUUAUUGUAUCUUCCCCGAUUGGCUUCACCCCUAAACCCUUCAGGGCCAUAUGGCUCAAUCAUUUCCACCACCUCGCCUCUGGUACCCCUGUCAAAUCUUUGCGUGUUCCGGGUCCUCUCGGCUUCUCUAACCCGCCAUGACGAGAGCCUUGUGAUGAUGCAACAACCGAAAAGGAAACAAUGAUUGGCACUGAUAAUUGUUACAUGACUGAUCAAUCUCUAGUCAUUUGUAGAGUUUUAUUCUGAUAUGUACUGUUUUCUAGGUGUGUGUGUGUGCGAGUGUGUGCAUUUUGUAUUUUUUCAUUUUUGUAUUAAGUUUCUGUAUGCUUCAGCGUCGACUACUGCCUAAUACUCCCAAGUAUGUAUCCUGCAUGUUCUACUCAGCUUACUCUCAUUUUUUUCCGCUGUAUUUCUGCACAGUGGCGACAAUCGCAGUAAGGCCCAAAACUGAUUAUGUUGGAUAUUUGCAGUCACACUCUCCAGGUUGAGUCCAUUCGGGUCUAAGUUAUUACUCAACACAAAGUAAUGCAUGAAUUGGUCAGGCUGUCCCUUUCUAGUUAUCCCCAAUCUGGCUCUUGACAGUUUUUGUUUUUUUUCUCUCCCCCUUCCAACAUUUCUCAUUUAAUAUCUGUCUUCAGCUCUCCGGCCGUCUCCCUUGUGUUUUGCAGCAUGCUUGAAUGCCCAAUCGUUUUAAAACUGCCAUAGUACCGUUGGACCAAUGUCUGUAGAUGUUGUUGUUGUUUUUUUGAUUACGUAGUGUCUUAUUUCGAAAACAUUCCUUCGUUGCAGUCUGGUGCAAAUGCUCUUACUGUAGCACACGUAAUUGUAAGUAUAUUUCAAUUGCGCGAUGAAACUGAAAGCCGAAGUCUGCAAGAAAAAAAUGGUUUCAAGGUAAAUUUGGCGGGAGGCUGGAUUUGGAUGUCAUCUUGUGCUAGGCUAUUGUGUGGCUAUUAACUGGGCUUUCAGUGGCACUAAAUUAAUAUCCUCACUUGCAAACUGUCAUUGGCCUGUUAAAAAGCCUUCAUAUCGACUUUCAGUAGGUUUAAAAAAACAAAACGUGCGCAGUUAAGAAUGCACUAAACAAGCUUGUUUUUGAUGGCGCUGUCACGCUGCGUGCAGCCACACCUCCAUAUGAAGAGCACAUGAAACAGUUCAGCCUUAAUUGCAUUUUAAAAAAAGGCCCAACAAUUUACAAUCCAAGAUUUAUUGAAAAAAAUCCAAAGCAUUCCUCGGCAGUGUUCUAAGUGGUUCUCCCUAUAGGUAUGCAUGAUUACAUGUAAUAGAUUCUAUUUUUAUUAUAGUGUAUUUUUGUGCGAGACAGACCGGUGGUGUGUGUGUUUCCGUUUUUAUAAUUCAGAUGUGUGCAUUAUACACUGCCAAGCAACAAGCAGCUGAGUGGGGAGCUUCUCUUGUUCAUUGCAGUUGACAGUCAUGGCACCCUUUCGUGUACAAUUGUAAAACUGUUUGCUCAUGUGCUUUUGGGCUUGUGCAUAUGGACCCUUUGGCGACUUGAGAAGUAACAGAGCAAUAGGUGCACUUGCUGUCAUUUUAGCCCACUAGGUCCAGAUCAACGAGCUUUAGCAUUAGCUUUCAGUCUCAGUCCUAACCUGCAAUAGUUCCAAUUAAGUGUAUUAAUUAAGUGUACUUAGUAGCCUCUGGAUUUUUAUGUUAGCAACCAGCUAGGUAGAUCAACCACCUUGACUGAUUCCGACAAGUAGUGUGUGUGUGUGUGUGUGUGUGUGUGAGCGUUUGCAGGUGCAUUAUUGUGGUGUGUGUUAGAAUAGCUCUACCCCAGGAAUAUCCCCAGUUUAUCCUGACAGAUUAGGCCGCUUAAAUCUCUUGAGUGAAGGCACGUUUGUUUCCUUGCCCACUGUAGUACAUCAGGAUAGAGGUGACAGAUGUGAACGGCCCUACACUUAACCCACAGGCAGAGCUAGAAGGGGGGCUGCGGGCAAUACUGAAAUAUGCCUGAACCCCUCAGGUGCCAGGCCAGAUGAUUUGUGUUUGUUUUGCGGACCCCCUGACAUGUCCUUGACCCCCCAAGGAAAAAAAAUCCUAGCUCAGCCAGUGACCACACCAUGUCAGUGUACCUACGACCUAAAGAGCAGCUUACCAAAGACUUGACGUCUGGGCUUCUGCUGACGAUUGCCAUCAAAAACAAGUAGAGAGGAGCAGGUUACCCCAAACCAUCCGAUACUUUGGGGGGGGGGAAAAGCCGAAUCUUGCCAUCUGUAAUUACAAGACCUUCAGUGAGGCAAGUAGUUGUACCUUAUGCAAGUGAAACCCAAAUUGACGGACCGCAUGCAUCUAUUCUCCCGCAUCUUGUGUGUUUAAGUCGAAUGACUCAAUUGUUAAGCGUUCUUUAGACACAGGAUCUUUUAACAAGUAAUAGCACAACCUUGUUUUUCAUUUCUGCCUACUUUCAUAGUACAACUAACUCCAAUUAUUGGACAAAAAUCCACAUGAAGUGUUGUAAUAUGAACGUGUUUUGAGGGGGGCCUAUUUUGUUUUAUCAAGAUGUACAGUAAAAAGGGGACAAACAAAUGAAUUAAAAUGUGGCUCUUUUAGCCAUCCCGCUGAGGUGACAUGACACGACUGAUUGGGGUAGGACACGUGUCAUUCCAUAAAUCCUGCUGUCGUCCUGUGAUUACUCAACCAAUUUGAU